CAGCCAAAACAGUGCCAUUUGACAAAGAACCUCCUCGGCUCAACAACCUCCACUUCCCAUCUACUCACUUUUGGUCUGACUAAACUGGCAAAAAUGGCAAAGGCUAGCUUCCUGAUUGCGCCUCUGCUAGUUUUGGGAAAUGUUUUCUUUAUCCAUGCCUCGUUUGCCCCCGGACUCAUCAUAGAUAUGGCAAAAAUCGUCAUGGACAAUUACUGCUCACCAGAGAAGCUGGUGGGGAUGAAGGAGGCAAUUGAAGCAGCCAGCAGCAACACAGAGAUUCUCAACAUCCCAGACGCUGAAACGUUGGCUACUGUCCUCAGUGCUGGAGUCCAGAGCACAGUCAGUGACCCACGCUUGAUGGUCUCUUAUGAGCCAAACUACGUCCCUGUGGUUCCUCCGAAGAUGCCUCCCUUGCCCCCUGAUCAGCUCAUUGCCGUCCUCCAGACGUCGAUCAAGCUCGACAUCCUUGAGGGAAACAUUGGCUACCUGAGGAUCGAUCACAUCCUUGGGGAGGAGGUUGCUGAGAAGGUUGGCCAUGUGCUCCUAGACCUGGUCUGGAAUAAAAUCCUGCCAACCUCAGCUCUCAUCUUUGACUUGCGCUACACCAGCAGCGGGGACAUCACAGGAGUCUCCUACAUUGUGUCUUACUUCACCGCAGCCGAGCCUACGAUUCACAUCGACAGCAUCUACGACCGUCCCUCAAACACAACCACUAAGGUGCUUUCUAUGUCCACACUGCUGGGGCAAAGAUAUGACAUCAACAAACCCCUCAUUAUUCUCACCAGCAAAAACACCAAGGGCAUUGCCGAGGAUGUUGCCUACUGCCUCCAGAACCUAAAGAGGGCCACCAUUGUGGGCGAGAAGACCGCCGGGGGCUCUGUGAAGGUCGAUAAAAUCAAAGUGGCCGACAGUGACUUCUACAUUUCGGUGCCAACCGCAAAGUCCGUCAACCCCAUCACCCGCUCCUCCUGGGAGGUUACAGGCGUGACCCCUGAUGUGGAGGUAAACGCCGAGGAUGCCCUCGCUACCGCCAUCAAGAUCGUCAACCUCCGUGCCCAAGUUCCUGCCAUCAUUGAGGGAUCAGCGACCCUGAUUGCAGACAACUACGCCUUUGAAGAUAUCGGUGCUGAUGUCGCAGAAAAGUUGAAAGGGCUCCUGGCAAACGGCGAGUACAGCACGGUUGUCUCCAAAGAGAGUCUGGAGGUUAAGCUGUCCGCUGACCUGAAGACCCUGUCUGGGGACAAGAGCCUGAAGACCACCAGCAACACCCCAGCCCUGCCACCCAUGGAUUAUUCUCCAGAGAUGUACAUUGAGCUGAUCAAAGUCUCCUUCCACACUGACAUAUUUGAGAACAACAUCGGCUACCUGCGCUUUGACAUGUUCGGAGACUUUGAGGAGGUCAAGGCCAUUGCCCAGAUUAUUAUUGAGCACGUCUGGAACAAAGUUGUCAACACUGACGCUAUGAUUGUUGACCUCAGAAACAACAUUGGUGGCCCUACAACAGCCAUCGCAGGCUUCUGCUCUUAUUUCUUUGAUGCCGACAAGCAGAUUGUGCUGGACAAGCUGUACGACAGACCGUCCGGCACCAUCACAGCGCUCCAGACCCUGCCUAAACUCACUGGCACAAGGUACGGCUCCAAGAAGAGCUUGAUCAUCCUGACCAGCGGAGCGACUGCCGGCGCCGCAGAGGAGUUUGUUUACAUCAUGAAGAAGCUCGGUCGCGCUAUGAUCAUCGGAGAGACAACCGCCGGGGCCUCCCACCCGCCAGUGACCUUCCGUGUUGGCGAGACCGACAUUUUCCUCAGCAUCCCCACUAUCCACUCCGACACCGCCGCCGGGCCAGCCUGGGAGGGAGCUGGCAUCGCACCUCACAUACCCGUCCCAGCUGACGCCGCCCUCGAGGCAGCCAAGGGCAUCUUCAACAAGCACUUUGCAGGCCAGAAGUAAACCACGUCCUGAACAAAGCCGGGGGGGCGGGGGGGGGAGGUUAACAUG